GUACCCUGUGACGUCAGCGGCUCCUGCAGGAAUCCAAACAUGGCGGCUGCCAUGGAGCUGAGAUGCUGGGGAGGAGACUGGGGUUUGCCUUCUGUUCACACCGAGUCCCUCAUAGUUCUGGCGUACACCAAGUUUUCUGGGGCAGAAGUCACAGUUUCUCCUAUAGACUGGACAUGGAAAACACUAACAGCGACUGUCCCAGAGUUGCUUUGUGGAAAUUCUGCAGUUCAAGAACCUGCACAGAUUCUCAACUUUCUAAGGAAGCAGAGGUUUAAUGCAGAUUAUGAACUGACUGCCAGAGAAGGAGCAGACACAAUGGCCUACAUCGCUCUGCUUGAGGAGAAACUACGACCAGCUCUGCUGCACACUUUCUGGGUGGAUGCAGAAAACUACGCCAAUCUGACACGGCCAUGGUUUGCUUCUCGCUCGCCGUUCCCUCUCAACUUUCUCGUCCCGAGUUGCCAAGCCAACACUGCUCUCUCCCGCAUCCUUCUAACCAAAGGAGAGGCGCCGCUCCACAGAAUCACCGAGGUGGAGGGAAAGAUCUACAGUGAUGCUAAAGAGUGCCUGAAUCUCCUUUCCUACAGACUGGGAACAGCAAACUACUUUUUUGGCAACUCGCCAACCAGCUUGGAUGCCUUCGUGUUUGGUUUUGUGGCGCCACUUCACAAAGCCAGUCUUCCCAGCAGCCCUCUGCAGAGCCAUCUCAGACAGCUGGACAACCUCACACGCUUCUGCGACAGCAUCCUCGCAGUUUACUUCAGCUCGGACCAUCCUUGUCCUCCCCCACCUGUGCAGGAAACAAUGGACGCCAACCUCCAGAAACUAACUCAGCUUGUAAACAAAGAGUCCAACUUGAUAGAAAAGAUGGAUGACAACCUCCGCAGCAGCCCACAGCACAAACCCCACAGACCAGACCCCAAACCCAGCCUGUCCACUGCAAAGAGCUCUACCCCUGCCUAGCACCUGAACUUUCAACCCCGAUCCAGCCUCGUGAAUCGUGGAGGAACGCCCUGCGGAUGAAAGGUGCCGCUCUGAAUCUGACUCAACAUCCUGACAUAAAAGAAAUAAUCACUAUAAAGCUGGACUUUAACUUGAAUGGAAAAUAAACCUAAUAAUUAAUUGUAAUAUGACUAUAUAAUUACAAGAGACCAUUCUAAGAUAAUGAUGAUAGAUUUCAAAGAUGCUCGUCUAAAAGAGAAGAAAAAGUGCAUGUGUGAGGUGCUUCAAAAAGAAGAGUGCAUGUAUGUGGUCAAGAAAGGAAUGCUCUGAAGUGGUGCUCGAUGAGAAAGACAUGGAAAGUUUCAGGGAAAGCCAAAGGAAAUGAAAAGCCCAGCAGGGAAAAGACGUGUCGCUGUUUAACCUCUGAGUGGGCCGCUUUUCUUUUAGGCUUUUGUUUAAGGGAAAUGUAUUUUCUGUUUAAGUUGUUCCCGCACAAUCAGUGCCACACGACAGCUGACGAUAUCGGAACUACUGAGUUGAAGAGGGCUUGGUCACUGAAGUAGAGUAGGAUGUCGGGCAAGAGCACUAUAUGGCAAACUUUAUUUAGUUCUCUCAUAUUUUUAUAUGUUACCGUAGAGGAUUUCAGUUCUGUUAGCACAAGUCUGAGCACAUGUCCGUGUACGUAUCCACUGUAAAAUGUUCUAUACAAUCUAAUAACAUGUGCAUUACUGUACAGUGUCUGCAGUUCUGACUAUAGAAGUAGCCAUUUAGCUUAUUUAACUUUGCUUUCACCUCUUCUCCUGUAUAUAGCUUGUAUACUUGUAAAUAGUGUCAUAGUUAUAUUUAGUGUACACUCACUGGCCACUUUAUUAGGUACGCCUCUGAAAUCCAAUGCAACCCGACGCAGCAGCUCUGCCAUGAUUUCUAUUUAUUCUACAUUUUCAGUUUCUGUUGACACAGCUAAAAAGAUGACAGUUCUAAUUUGUUUAUUAUUGAAGUCAUGGUGGGUGGUGGUGAACAUGACUGCAGUACACACGUGUUCAUAGUGUUUUGCGUCCAUGUUAAUGCUGUGGACAAAUUAUUAACAACACAAAUGUGCAAAGUAAUGUGGCCAGUGAGUGUAGUUUCCUCUAAAUAGGGCUAAUCAGCUUCUUCACGAUACACUGACGUAAUGAAAGGGCCUUACACGCUAUAUUAAGUUAUUCAUGCAUAAUAUUUGGGACUAUUGUGUGUUUGUUUGUGUGACAGUCGUUUUAAGAACUAUCAGAAAACAGUGUGUCCUUUAAUUCUUGUUAUGUUUUAUUGUACAAGCUGUUCUGUGACAUUAACAAUCCACUCAGUUGUGUUGCUGCCUUGACUUUUCCACAGCCGUUUUUGUAACAUUUGCUUCAGUUUAUUACUUUUGCUGUGUUAUUUCUUCCUGUGGUUAUUUCAUAGUCACUGAAGCUUUUUUUUUUUUUUUUUUUUUGGGCCAAUGCUAAUACUGACUUUUAGGGAGUAGAAAAAUCCAAUAUUGACAUAUUGGUCGAUACUCUAUAACUAUAUGCAAUAUGUUAGAGUUAUAUUGAAAAUUAAAAUUCAUGGGGUCAUCAAAUAACUUUUCAGAAGUGUGUUUCACAAAUUAGUUAUCAACUUACACUGAAGACACCUCUUGACUCGACGCCACUGCCUGCUCUGCUACAUGUGCUGCAGACAGCGUUGAAUCUUGAAAAUAAUAAUAAUCAUACAUUUUAUUUGUAAGCGCCUUUCAGAGCACUCAAGGAUGCUUUAAGAGAAGGGUUAAAACUAUAAAAACAACAAAUGACAAAACAGCAGAUAAAAACACAACACAAUGGAGGCUCAGCUGCUCUGCUAUAAAAACUAUGUGAUAACACAAAUUCUUAAUUACCCCAAAUAUUAUUUUUUUUCUGCAUUGUGUUCUAUUAAAAACAAAAAAGUUUGGAUACAUGCAUGUAUUGGAUAAAAUAUAUGUUAAUUCUGAUACAUUGGUCAGGUUCUAGUCACUUUGUUUAAACUGAGCAUCUAUCCCAUUUGGGAAUGUCUCAUUAGCUGCCUUUUGUUUUUCUUUAUUUUACAGUCUGAUUACUGGACUGUGAAAUGAGAUUUCUUUCACUGUAAUGUUCCCUAAUGCCCUGACUGUUCAAACAUUACUAAACUGUGUGAUUCCUUUCAUGAUUUCUCUGUGUUUCAGUUAAAAGGUAUUAUACUUGUAGAGAUACUUGGGCUCUGCCAACAAACCACUUCAUUGAUACAUUCCCUUUAAUGCACCAUAUUCUGAAACAAAUGUGUUCAUUGGGAUGUUAGUGCUGCCAGUCACAGCAUGUUGUCGGACAACAAAUGGGCUUGUAAGGACCAUAUGGGUGCAGUGUGCCUUCAUGACUGCUGGUGUCUUUGUACAAGUGUCAAAAUGCUAACAGUGUCCUUCAUAUUUUGAUACAUGUGUCAUAAACUGUCUUUAUUUCUGUUGUUCACAAUCUGUCGACGGUUAAUAUCAACUGUCGACAGAUUAUUGAAAUACAAACAUCAUAAUGCAA